CCACGUACUUCCGCCUCCCCCGCCUGAAUCUCAUUGCUGAACUGCAACUGUCUUCCUUUCUUCACACUUGCUCCUUUGAAUCUUUGCUCACCUCCCGUUCCCGUAUGAUGUCUUCCAAGUGGUUGCUGCUGGCAGCAAUCCUCCCCGCCACACUCGCGUGGACACCCACCCCAGAAGAGAUUGCAGCGGACAACGAGAACUCGAGGCUCGUGAACGACACAGCACUCACCUGGGCAUGCAUCAUCGCCGUCCUCCUCGCCUACACCUGGACACUGAAACUCCUCCACCAUGUCCGCCGCAUCGUCAACUUCGGCCACGGCGAUGCCGACACUGCCAAUCAGCUCUACUUCGCCACCACCAACGAAACGUGGGCCCGCUUCAAACGUCACUGGCUCAUCGCGCCGCUCUUUCGAACGAGACAUAUGCGUGAAUCCAAGCUUUCAGCCGCAAUGAACAUGGGAACCUUGCCUUCUCGCAUACAAACCUUUUGGCUCCUUUGCUACUUCGCAUUGAAUACUGCCACGGCUGUUGUAAAGAUUCACUGGCACAUGGGUCGUGUCGUCUGGCUCAACGACCUUUGCAAUCGAACAGGAACACUGGCAACGCUGAAUCUCAUCCCGCUCUUCCUGCUCGCCGGUCGCAAUAAUCCCCUCAUCUGGCUGCUCGACAUCAGCUUCGACAAUUACAAUCUGCUUCAUCGAUGGAUUGGUCGCAUGGUGGUCGUGCAGGCUUUCUUGCACGGCGCCUUCUGGAUCGCUGAGCAAGCUGUUGAGAGCGGAUGGAGCAGUGUGGCACCGGAAUUGGCUGUUCCAGGCUCGAUGCAACUCACUGGCACCAUCGGCAUAGGCGCUUUCAUCGUCAUUCUUUUCCAGUCCCCGUCCGUCGUCCGGCACGCCUUUUACGAGACCUUCCUGCACGUCCACAUCCUGCUGGUGCUUUUUUCGGUGGUGGUGAUCUGGCUACAUCUCGAAGGCUGCACUCAGCAGACUUUGCUGAUCGCCGCAGUCGUCUGCUGGGUCGUCGAGCGGCUCAUCCGAGUGUACUUGCUUAUUCGGAACAACCUUCACCGUGGCGUCACCAAGGCAGAAGUCGAAGUCCUUCCUGGAGACGCUGUGCGGAUCACACUUCGCCUUGCUCGCCCAUGGAAGUUCAAUCCCGGCCAGCACGUCUACUUGUACCUUCCUUCCGUCGGCAUCUGGACUUCACAUCCUUUUACCAUUGCAUGGAGCCAAGAGCUCGAUCACUGGCGGGGUGGCGAGAAAGCAUUACCUCUCGCUCGACAAGACAUGCUCACCACAAAAUCAACCAGCAUGUCCCUCGUUGUCCGCCGCCGCACCGGCUUCACCGACAGACUCUACACCAAAGCAGCGCGAGACAUAGGAAACAGGUUCACCGCUACCGCCCUCGUAGAAGGCCCCUACGGAGGCAAAACCUUCCGCUCCUAUGGCACCGUCAUGCUCUUCGCUGCCGGCGUGGGCAUCACCCACCAAGUCCCCCAAGUCCGCGAUCUCCUCCUCGCCAGCGCAAACGGCACUUGCGCCACGCGCAAAAUCGUGCUCGUCUGGAUCGUGCAAUCCCCCGAGCAUCUCGAGUGGGUCCGCCCCUGGAUGACGGAGAUUCUGGGCAUGCACAAGCGGCGCGAGGUGCUGCGCAUCAUGCUUUUCGUCACGCGGCCGCGCAGCACGAAGGAAAUCCAUUCGCCUAGCGCAUCGGUGCAGAUGUUCCCUGGCAAACCGAAUGUUGCUGCGCUGGUGGAGCAGGAGCAGACGUCGCAGGUGGGCGCUAUGGCGGUGAGUUGUUGCGGGACGGGGAGUUUGAGCGAUGAUUUGAGGAAGGCGGUCAGGGAGAGGUGUGAGUUUACGGAGAUUGACUUUUCGGAGGAGUCGUUCAGUUGGUGAGGCAGUAUGUGGUGAGUGGUUUGGGAGCGGGCUCCCGACUGCGGUUUUGAACUCGUGCCUUUUGUUCGAUACUCACCAGUGUAGGACGCGAAAGAAGUCUUUGCAUUCGGCACGAGCUUUUUUGUACUACAGCGUGCGAAGAUACCAAAAUUACCUAGCUACUGCUCGUCCGUUUUCAAUGCACAGAAAGCUAAAAG